UGGCGCCAUCUGUUGGAUUAGUGCGUCACUGCACUGUCGCAAGGCUAAUCACGACAUAUACAUGCUAAACCAUCUUUUCAAACGAGGCAUUGAAAAGCAAACAUCAUCCAAUAAAAAUAAAUGAAAAACCUGUAAAUCUGCGAUGUAAAAAUGAGCGAGGUGGAGAGGAGCAUCUUUGUGGGAAACAUACACAGCUGUGUGACGGAGGAAAUCCUGUAUGAGUUAUUUCUGCAGGCUGGGCCAGUAGAAAAGGUGCACAUAUUCAGAAAUGGACACCAGAAGCCCUAUGCAUUGGUUUACUAUAAGCAUGCUGAAGCGGUUCCAUAUGCUGUUGAACUUCUGAAUGGCAUCUGGAUUUAUGGGCAGCCAAUCAAGUUACAGUGUAAAUUUGGUGGCAGUUAUCAAGAACAUGACAUGAGAUAUGCAGACAUGAACAGUGGAGUGAUAGCAAACAGCCAGUGCGCUGUCUUCAGGGACAAUAUGGCUUUGAAAGUAAAUACCAGCCCAUGUGUGGAAAACCAUAAUACAACACACAGCUGGAGUGAUACGCCACUCUACAGACCCAAUGAUAUGUGCCUUUCAGUUGUGCCACCAGCUGUGUGGUACAGUCCUCCUUUCCAGCAGUGGAUUGAGUCGGGCUUCUCACCUUGGACAUCGUACCAGAAUGAUCACUGUCUGUUCUUAAGGUCAACCAGUACCACAGCGGGUUGCGCAAAUGCGAGUUUAGUGGGUAACAAACAUGGCAAACACAGAAAAAUGCGAACUUCACUGUAAACAAUAACAUCAAGUUGUGAAUGGCUCAGAUUUACAUUAGAUUUAAAUCUAUGAAACGCCACACUGAUAUUCAAUACUUUUCUGAGAAAAGCACUGCACAAAUGCAAAAAUACUGUACUAUACUGUAAUCUCUAAUAAAUUACU